GUGUUACAACAAAACUAUUAUCGCGUUUGUGACGUUUGACUACAUGCCACACAAACAAGCCUUUAAAGGGCAGACAAGGAGAAGCUUUCAGGAGAAAACAGAGUUCCCCAGUUACUCUCCAGCUGCUGUUUAUGAAACUGAGACCCAGAUUCAGGUAUCCUGCAAUCAGCAUGAAGAUGCCUCUUUUCUCUUUUCUCACCUUUACUCUGCUAUCAAUGCAACUAUCGAUCGUAUCAGGGGGCAAAAUUCUGGUGUUCCCAUUGGACGGAAGCCACUGGGUAAACAUGAAAGUGAUCAUAGAGCGACUGCAUGCCAGAGGCCACGAGAUCACUGUGCUUCGGCCCUCUGAUAGCUGGUACAUCAAAGAAGAGUCCUCCCUCUACACCUCCGUGACUCUUCCCUGCCAUGGCGGAUUUGAGGAAAACUUUGACACGUAUUUAUCUCAACAGCUAGAGAUUCGGCUUCAAAUGAAGCCCGAAUCUUUUUGGUCCAAAAUCUGGACUCAGAUGCAAAUAAGGUGGGUGGUUCUAGACCAGUUCACACAGUUUCAUAAGAAAGUGGGUGAUAUAAUUACACACAUGUUUGAAAAUGAAGAUCUGAUGCAGUCGUUGCAUGCUGCCAAAUAUGACAUGGUCCUGACUGACCCUGGCAUUGGUGGAGGUGCAAUGCUGGCACGCAGACUCCAUCUUCCUCUGGUGUUUAAUGCCAGAUGGACCAUUCAUGGUGAAGCUCACUUCCUCAUUGCUCCUUCACCUCUCUCAUACAUUCCCUUUACGGGAACAGAGCUGACAGAUAAGAUGACUUUCCCUCAGAGAUUAAAGAAUGUCUUGAGUUUCUUUAUUGGGAAACUCACACUUUCAUAUAUCACAGACCCUUCCUACAAACCCAUCGUCCGGCGCUUCUUCGGCCCUGAUGUCGAUUACUCAACCUUCUUCCUCGAUGCUGAUAUCUGGCUUAUGAGAAACGACUUUGUGUUUGAAUUCCCUCGUCCAACAUUGCCAAAUGUUGUCUACAUGGGAGGUUUUCAGUGCAAGCCCUCAAAAUCCCUCCCUGCUGAUCUGGUGGAGUUUGUACAGAGCUCUGGAGUUCAUGGGAUUGUCAUAAUGACUCUAGGAACGUUAGUAAGCAACCUGCCUCCGGAUAUCUCAGAAGAGAUUGCGGCAGCAUUUGCUCAGCUGCCUCAGAAGGUUAUUUGGAGGUAUAUAGGACCAAGACCAAACAACCUGGGCAACAAUACACGAUUGGUCAAGUGGCUGCCACAAAAUGACCUUUUAGGUCAUCCUAAAACUCGAGUAUUCAUCACCCACGGAGGCACCAAUGGAGUUCAGGAGGCAAUAUACCAUGGCGUUCCAGUAGUUGGUCUUCCCUUGUUCUUCGAUCAGCCUGAUAAUCUAUCCAGGGUCAAGGCAAAGGGAGCAGGUGUGAUUGUAGAUAUUGCCAUGCUCAACAGGCAUAUCUUCAAAGAGGCUCUGAUGACAGUUAUUUACAACUCCACCUAUGGAGAUAACAUGCGGACGCUAUCAAAGCUGCACAGAGAUCAGCCAAUGAAACCUCUGGAUCAGGCUGUGUUUUGGAUCGAGUACGUCAUAAGACACAAAGGAGCCCGUCAUCUGCAAACACACUCCUAUAAAAUGUCCUGGUUUGUUUACAGCUCUGUUGAUGUCUUCACAGCUUUAUUAGCAGCUGUUCUGCUUGUAACGUUAAUCUGGAUUUCAGUUGUUAGAUUUCUGUUGAGGAAGAUUUUUACUGGAGGAAAAAUUAAACAUCAAUGAUGUAAAAAUACAAAUGCUUAUUGAGUGACACUGAGUGAGAAAGGAAAGCGGUUUAUCUAUGACAAUUUCAUAAAUAAAAGCAACAGAGUUUA